UCAAUUCACUCAAGCGUACGUUUUACUUUUGUUUUGUAGUCGUAACCACCAGUUAUACACCAUGUCUGAUUCAAGCAGUAAGACUCCAUACCAAGGUCAGAGGAGAGUAUUCGGUCACUUCCAGUGUCCGAGUUGCAAGCGAGGCUGGCAGAGCGGCAACUCUUGGGCUAACAACGGACAAAUGUGUAACAAGUGCAAUGUGAUGGUGUACCCCUACCAACAGAAGCCGCUAGAGAAAGUAGCAGGAGGGGAGGACAAGUGCAACCCCACUGUAUCACACCCCCAGGGACUGUGUGGCAAGUGUAAGAAGCUGGGGUAUCCUUGUACCAGACUGGGUACCAGACGUUAUUAGGCAGCCACGUGAUGUACCAGACUGGGUACCAGACGUUAUUAGGCAGCCACGUGAUGGAGUGGAAGAGAAACUUUCCUUUAAGGACUUUUUAAUAUGUUCAGACAAUUGUUGCCCUGUUUUGACACUGCAUAUAGUGCAUUAUUUGGGGUUUUCCUUGUGAUACGGACACUGUGUGUCUUGCUUUUUUUCGGGCUCAUUUUAAUUAGGACAUUUCUGACAUCUCCACAAAAACUUAUGUAAUAUUAUUCUGUAAAAGUUUAAUGUUUACAAUGAGCAAUCUGGAGACAGAUAGUUUUAACAGAUGUUUUUUUAAAUAUAUAAA